AUGAGUGAAUUUGUGGAUUUAUCUCUUGAUGAAAUAAUUGCAUUGCAAAAAUCAAAAGCGAAACGUGGAGGAAGGAACUUUGGUGGAACGCGAGGAGUUAAGCGACGACUGAAUCGUCGAUUCCCAGAUCGGCGAACACAGGGUAAUAGGUUUCAACGCAAUAUUACGAAACGUGUUGGCGAGGUAUGCAUCGUACAGGUAUCGAAUCUUGGUCCAUUAGUUACUACUGCCGAUUUACAAGAACUAUUCAGUGAGCAUCCAUAUGUGGAUGUCGCAAUGCAGUAUGGUGAUGAUGGCAAAACACUUGGUACAGCUGUAGUAAUAUUUUCGACAUUUGAGCAAGGGAUGCGGCUUAAACGACAGUUUGCUGGAGUAAAAUUGGAUGGUCGGGUUAUGGAUAUAUUCGUCAGUUCAAGUGAUCAGAAAGCGCGUAUUAAUUCUGUCCAACGAGGUCGAAUAACAAAAAGAAGAAUUGCAUCGCAACGAGGCAAAAAAAUUGGAUCAAAAAUGGGCAAAUUUAAUAGAAGUUUUCGUUUUUCUAAACGUCAAAAUGAAAAUAAUACGCGUAAGCAGAUGACAACCGAAGAACUCGAUCGUGAUCUCGAUGCUUAUAUGCGCGGAUCAAAGCAUGCAAAAAUUGUCGCUCCAUAA